CCUGACUGGGAUACACACACAUCAUGGCCAGCCUGCGAGUCCCACUCCUGGUGGCUCUCGUCCUUCUUGCUGUGGCACUUCAGACCUCCGAUGCAGGUCCCUAUGGUGCCAAUGUGGAAGACAGUAUCUGCUGCCAGGACUACAUCCGUCACCCUCUGCCACCACGUUUCGUGAAGGAGUUCUACUGGACCUCAAAGUCCUGCCGCAAGCCUGGCGUCGUUUUGAUAACCAUCAAGAACCGAGAUAUCUGUGCUGACCCCAGGAUGCUCUGGGUGAAGAAGAUACUCCACAAGUUGGCCUAGGGAGAAGGGCCUGAUGACCACGGGUCUGGUGUCUCCACAAGGCUCAGCAAACCCUAUCCUUCUGCCAUCCAGCAAGAGCCUUGCCAACAACUCCACCUUUGCUCACCUCCAUCCCCUGGGUUGUCACUCUGUGAAGCCUCAGGUCCCUGUACUUCCUGUCCGUCCCCUCCAGCUCAUUCUCUUCCAACGUGGCAGCCGGGAAGCACUUCUGGCUAGCCUUACCCAAUACCUACUCCCCACUGCUUUAGAUGAGACCAGGGUCCUUGUUUUGGUGCCUUUGGAUCCUAUGAUGCCUUGGCCCCCUUCUCUUCUUACAUGUAGGGAACACCAAUAUCUUUCAAGUAUGUGCUACCCAGUUCCUCUUCCUCGGAGGCUGCUGGGACCCGGAAUAUUAUCCCUGCUGCAGGCCCUCUCCAGCACCACUCACCUCCCAGGCUUCCAUCCGUCCCAGUCCCAAGCCCCAUGCUUCAGACUUCCUUGGCCCCCACCUACACUCAGAAUUCUGGGAGUCUCAGACUGGUCCACUAGGCCCCAAGGGAGGAGGUCCCCACAAGAGCUCCUCCUGUUUCUCGGUCUCCAGCACAGGAGUGGGCUCAGAAUCAGAUUUCUGAAAGGAGCUGCAAAUUCUACCAGUAAAAUUAAUCUUCCCCCAUCCCUGAUGUAGGCAAAAGGCAGUCUCCUCUCAACACGGAGACUCAGGUUGUUAGAAAGGGGCUAUGUAGGUCAACUGUGACCUAAAUUCACCAAGAAUCAACUUCCAUCCAUCCCUCUUCAACCGAAUGUUAGGUCUUUUACUUUUUCUACUUCUGACUCCAUGCCUGUGUAGUUGAUAAUCAAAGUCAUGCUAUGGUGACAGUGAUCGCCAUAGCUUGGUAUUAUAAGCUAUAGUUAUAUUUAUAUAGGAAAGAGGAUAAAUAUAUGUGAGGCCAAAUAGACGAACUGGAGAGUCUUAGGACCUGGGGGCAGGAAGGACCAUACAAAGCCCUUCAGAAAGCAGCUGGUUGUGGGAGCUACAGGCACAGUGGCAUAGUUAAAUUAAAGAACUUAGUUGAAAUUAUUCUUGAGUGGCUGGGGCCAAGUCAGGAAUUUAAAACUCACUCUUGCUUCCCUGGAGACAACAGUGCCCCAGGGUGGGGAAAUAAAUCUGCUUGCUCCUCUGGAGGGAACAGUGGCCUGGCUUAGCUGAGUGACUGGAUUGCGUGAGCCUGAGGACAUUGCUUUUCCCCUCGGAGCCUCAGCUGACAGAAUAUGGGACCACAAAGGGUUUUCCCCAACCCACAGGGACUGACAGUGCCAGCCACAGCUGUGUCCAGGGCUUAUGUCCUUCCAGAAGGAGCACCCGAUGACCAGGGCCACCAUUAGUGCUACUCUGCCCACUGCCAUGCAUGUCCUGAGGGUCACCUCCUCUCCUACUUCUGGGAAAAUAAAUGCUCGUCAAUAGUG